AUGGACUUGACCCCUGAAGAGCUAGGUGACUGGUACCUCAAGCUGCAAGAUGUCGGGAAUGUGCACAACAUCAACCUUGUUACCCCUGAACACGUCGUCCCCCAAGUAGCCCUCUCAAUCCUGCACGCGCGCUCCCAAGGCCUGCGCAUCCCCAUUAUCUACAAUACCUCCUCCUACGACUCUCUCGAGUCCCUCGCUCUCCUCGAUGGGCUGAUAGACAUUUACCUGCCCGACUUCAAAGUCUGGUCACCCUCUACUUCCAAACGCCUCCUAAAAGCAGACGACUACGCCGCCACGGCGCGCGAGUCCAUCAAGGCUAUGCAUGCGCAAGUGGGCGAUCUGUGUUUUACCGGUGACGGGAUUGCGAAGAGCGGGGUUCUGUUGAGACAUCUUGUGAUGCCUGGCCUUGAAGAAGAGGGGAAGGAGAUUAUGAGGUGGUUGGCACAGAACGUGAGUAGGGAUUUGUUUGUUAAUAUUAUGGAGCAGUAUCGGCCGGCUGCUUAUGUGGGGAGGGUGAAGAGGAGUAGUGGUGGUAAGAAGAAGGUGGAUGGAGAGGGUGAAGAAGAAGGAGAGGCAGCGGCUGGGGAGAAAGAUGAAGGCAAGAAGGAAGAAAGACGCUAUGCCGAGAUCAAUCGGGCUGUGAAAGAGGAGGAGGUGGAGAGUGUGAGGAAGGCGGCGGAGAGAGCUGGGCUGUGGAGGUUUUGUGAUCCGCCUAGGCAUGAUGGGUUUAACAUCUAG